AUGUUUAAGACUUUUCUUCUAGGUUCUGACGUUCAUUCAACUAAUCCUACAUCCAUCGUUCAUUCAGAAGAUAAAAAUAAUGAAAACAAUAUAUCUCGAGAUUCAACAACGUCUGUUUCAACUGGUAUCCAACAAUCAACGGUUCCAACAAAAAAAUUAAUUGUUCAUCAAUUCUAUAAUGUUUAUGUAGGAAUGUCCGAUGAAGAAUGGAUAAAAACACGAGAUUCAUUUAUUGCUGCAUAUUUUAACGAUUAA